GUGAGACCCAUCCGGCGCCAUCUUGUCUUGUUCGUGAAGAAGUGGAAGCAUCGAAAGGGUUGGGAAGGUACCCCAGGAACGGUGGCGACGGUGGUGUUCCGGAACGAGAGUGGGGCAUAACUAUUCUUGCUGUUAUGCUGUCAAGCUGUAAACUAACCAGCCGAAGUUUUAACCAGAAGUUGAGCCUCUGAGAUAGAAAAUCAGUACAUUUGUAAGAAAGGAUGUGGGAUCAAGGAGGACAGCCUUGGCAGCAAUGGCCUUUGAACCAACAGCAGUGGAUGCAGUCAUUUCAGCACCAGCAAGAUCCAAGCCAAAUUGACUGGGCUGCAUUGGCUCAAGCUUGGAUUGCCCAAAGAGAAGCUUCAGGACAGCAAAGCAUUGUAGAACAACCACCAGGAAUGAUGCCAAAUGGACAAGAUAUGUCUCCAAUGGAAUCUGGUCCAAACAAUCAUGGAAAUUUUCAAGGAGAUUCAAACUUUAACAGAAUGUGGCAACCAGAAUGGGGAAUGCAUCAGCAGCCCCCACAUCCCCCUCCAGAUCAGCCAUGGAUGCCACCAACACCAGGCCCAAUGGACAUUGUUCCUCCUUCUGAAGACAGCAACAGUCAGGACAGUGGGGAAUUUGCCCCUGACAACAGGCAUAUAUUUAACCAGAACAAUCACAACUUUGGUGGACCACCCGAUAAUUUUGCAGUGGGGCCAGUGAACCAGUUUGACUAUCAGCAUGGGGCUGCUUUUGGUCCACCGCAAGGUGGAUUUCAUCCUCCUUAUUGGCAACCAGGACCUCCAGGACCUCCAGCACCUCCCCAGAACCGCAGAGAAAGACCUUCAUCAUUCAGGGAUCGUCAGCGUUCACCUAUUGCACUUCCGGUGAAGCAGGAGCCUCCACAAAUUGAUGCAGUAAAACGGAGAACUCUUCCAGCUUGGAUUCGUGAAGGUCUCGAAAAAAUGGAACGUGAAAAGCAGAAGAAAUUGGAAAAAGAAAGAAUGGAACAACAACGUUCACAGUUGUCCAAAAAAGAAAAGAAGGCCACUGAAGAUGCGGAAGGAGGAGAUGGUCCUCGUUUACCUCAGAGAAGUAAAUUUGAUAGUGAUGAGGAAGAUGAAGAUGCUGAAAACAUUGAGGCUGCAAGCAGUGGGAAAGUUACCAGAAGUCCAUCUCCAGUUCCCCAAGAAGAACAUAGCGAACCAGAGAUGACUGAAGAAGAGAAAGAGUAUCAGAUGAUGUUGCUGACAAAAAUGCUUCUAACUGAAAUUCUGCUGGAUGUCACAGACGAAGAAAUUUAUUAUGUAGCCAAAGAUGCACAUCGGAAAGCAACGAAAGCUCCUGCAAAACAGCUGGCACAGUCCAGUGCACUGGCUUCCCUCACUGGACUCGGUGGACUGGGUGGUUAUGGAUCAGGAGACAGUGAAGAUGAGAGGAGCGACAGAGGCUCUGAGUCAUCUGAUACUGAUGAUGAAGAAUUACGGCACCGAAUCCGGCAAAAACAGGAAGCUUUUUGGAGAAAAGAAAAAGAACAGCAGCUAUUACAUGAUAAACAGAUGGAAGAAGAAAAACAACAAACAGAAAGGGUUACAAAAGAGAUGAACGAAUUUAUCCAUAAAGAGCAAAAUAAUUUAUCAAUACUAGAAGCAAGAGAAGCAGAUGGUGAUAUGGUUAAUGAAAAGAAAAGAACUCCAAAUGAAACUACAUCAGUUUUAGAACCCAAAAAAGAGCAUAAAGAAAAGGAGAAACAAGGAAGGAGUAGAUCAGGGAGUUCUAGCAGUGGUAGUUCCAGCAGCAAUAGCAGAACGAGUAGUACUAGUAGUACUGUCUCUAGUUCUUCAUACAGCUCUAGCUCAGGUAGUAGUCGCACUUCUUCUCGGUCUUCUUCUCCUAAAAGGAAAAAAAGACAUAGUAGGAGUAGAUCUCCAACAAUAAAAGCUAGACGAAGCAGGAGUAGAAGCUACUCCCGCAGAAUUAAAAUAGAGAGCAACAGGGCUAGGGUAAAAAUUAGGGAUAGGAGGAGAUCUAAUAGAAGUAGUAUUGAAAGAGAAAGACGAAGAAAUCGGAGUCCUUCCCGAGAGAGACGUAGAAGUAGAAGUCGCUCAAGGGAUAGACGAACCAAUCGUUCCAGUCGCAGUAGGAGUCGAGAUAGGCGUAAAAUUGAGGAUCAACGUGGAAAUCUUAGUGGGAGCAGUCAUAAGCAUAAAGAUCAACAACCCCUCCCCGUCGUAAGCGCUGAGGAAUGAUGUUGGCAAGAAUGCCAUGAUGUUGUUUAAAAAAAUUCCAUGAGUUUUAAGGGCUUGUCUCAUUAUAGAGGCACAAUGUGGCUGUGUAGGUGAAACCAGAAUUUUUUUUUUUUAAUCUGUAAAUAGGUGUACUUUUUCCAAAUGCUGCUCCAAGUUACUUAAUAGGAUUUCUUUGUAUUACAUUUUUUCAAGAAAUAGUGCAUAAUAAGACUAUAAAUAUGCCAUUCUCUUUCAGCUGUAAUGUUCUUAAAAUUAUUCUUGAAUGUACUGUGAUGUCAAUAAAGCUCUUUAGUUCAUUUUUGUUAAAUUCUUGCACCUUAAUUUUAUGAUUUUAAUCUAAGGAACGUACUUUUAUAAAAAGGCAGCUGGAAAUUUGUAUAACAGGUUUUAAAGGUACUUCCUCCCACCUUCCCCAAAGAAAAUGGUUUUAACUUAAUAAGUUUGUCAAAGUUUGUAUAUUGUACCCAUGGACUUGUCAAAUUUCAACUUUCAGGGUGUGGAAGAGGGCCAGAAAAGACCUUUAUUUUUCAUUUGAAAGCACUUGAUUGGCUUUCUAAAGUUUUCUUCUUAUUUUGGGGAUUUUUCUCUGUGUGUAUACAAUAUGGUUCACUCCUGUAAAAUGAAAUUGCUAAAAACCAAUCAAGCCAAUGCACCAGUAGAGUUACUUGUGAUGAAAAAUUGUGUUUGACACUAAUAGUCAAGUCUGAAACUAUACAGUCACCCACUUCUGUUUUACAGGCAUAUUUUAACACCAUGGGGUUACUAUGGAAAUGGAACUUAUAAUUCAAUAUAUUUAUUUCUAUUUUUAAAGUAUAUGAUCUAAACUCAGCAGGGGAAUACUGUAUUAUACAGGCUUAUAUCAGUUACAAAAGAAUAAAAUGGUCUGAUUUGUCAGUUUAAAAAUAAUGAUGAGUGGGUGGUCUAGUUUAAGGCAGUCAUAACUUAUGAGUGAAAUGAGGCUCUCAAGGCAUUUUAACUUAAGUGCUCAACUGCUUUCAGGGUCCAUUUUUUAUUAUGACUACGCAUUUAUGCAGUGAUAGUUGAGUCUUUGAAAACAAAUGCUUUAAUGUUUUAAUUUAAAAAGUAAAAGCAAGUGCAGGACACAAAAAGUUUUAAAGUAUGCCUUCUUACCAGCAAUAGCUCAUUUUAAAAAUAAUGCCAGAUUUUUGCCAAGAUCAGUGUUCCCUCAAAAUGAAGAUAAAAUAGAUUUGUAUGGUGUGCUCUUGUACCUCUAGUAGGUUCUUAAAUAAUUUUGAGCAGUUAUGCAUUUAUCUAAAGGAAAUAAAUCAACUGUGAAUAAAUGCAUGUUUACCAAAAUGACUGUUUACAGUGCAUUUAGUUCUGAUAUUUAUAAAGUUGACAUUUCACAGAACAACUUUACGAUAGUUUGGAUUUCUAUAUAGUUUAGUCAUCAGUGUAACAUCUGGAAAUAAAGGAAAAUGUGCAGUAUUUUUUAUGUAGGUGAACUAACACAGUGUAUCUAAUUGAAAAACUAUCUGGUUAAUUUGUAAUAAGUUGUAUAACAUUUUUUGAAUCUUAAAAUGUUUUUAGAUCAAUCUUCAAGUGAAAUAUUAUUUUCAAAAUAAAAUUCUACAUAAAAAUUA